CUAGCCUGGCAUUAAUUGCUCAACACUUUAAGCUAAAAAUUCAAAAAUGUCAGCGGAUUUUCUUAAGGAUAUAUUUAAGCAGCUGGAUAAGGAUGGCAGCGGCUUUAUAUCAGCCGACGAACUGCAGGAGGCGCUUUCCAAUGGCAGCUGGUCAGCGUUUAAUCCAGAGACCAUACGCUUAAUGAUUGGCAUGUUUGAUCGCGAUAAGCGCGGACAUGUUAGCUACGAAAACUUUGGCGCUCUUUGGAAUUAUGUUACAGAUUGGCAAAAGUGUUUUCGCAACUACGAUCUGGACAAUUCGAACAGCAUUGACAGGCAGGAGCUGCAAACGGCGCUCACUUCAUUUGGCUACAAAUUGUCUGCGGAGCUGCUCGAUACGCUCAUUAAGAAAUUCGAUCGCAUUGGAGCGGGUCAUGUGCUCUUUGAUGAUUUCAUACAAUGCUGCAUUGUGCUGCAAACGCUAACCACAGCGUUUAAGGCGCAUGACAAGGACAUGAAGGGGGUGAUUACCAUUGACUAUGAACAGUUCUUGGACAUGGUAUUCUCACUGACUAUAUAAAUAAAUUAAAAGUUA